AUGUCUCCAGGGAUAUGGAAUUCUGCCUCGGUUGUCAAGUUCUGUGAAUCGGUCUUCCACAUCUGCCACUCCAACGGACGCGACAAGGACAGCUUCCUGUGUCCCAACGGCACGGUCUUCCACCAGGAGCGGCUGGUCUGCGACUGGUGGUACAACGUGGACUGCUCCGCUUCAUCCGCCCACUUUGGGGUCAACGGGGAGCUGGGCAGGGUGGCGGCUGCUGCGGGUUCGAACUCUAGGUCUGGGGGUUCGAACUCUAGGUCUGGGGGUUCGAAUUCUAGGCCUACGGGAUCUUCUGGAUCCUUCGCGGGUUCGGGCGCUACGCGUCCUGGAUCCUUCGCUGGCUCGGGUUCGAGUAGGAAUUCCGGUCGUGCGUCCUCUGGUUCUGGAUCCUUCGCUGGUUCGGGCUCGACUAGGACUUCGAACCUUGGAUCCUCUGUGGGUUCGGGUCCUACGAGUACUGGAUCCUUCGCUGGUGCGUCUAGGAAUUCCGGUCCUCGAUCCUUCUCUGGCUCGGGUUCGACUAGGAAUUCGAACCUUGGGUCUACUGGUUCUGGUUCGACUAGAAACUUUGGUUCUCAGAACGCCGGUUCUUCCGGUCUACCAUUCUCUGGAACCCAAUCAGGGAAGAGGAAGACCCUUACCAUCAGCCAAUCAGGUAACAGCUCGUCCAGUAACCAAUCAGAGACAAGGACAGCCUCUUCCUGCAGCCAAUCAGGUGACAGCUCGUCCAGUGACAACGAAUCAGAGGCAAGGACGUCCUCUUCCAUCAGCCAAUCAGGUGACAUCCCGUCCAGUGACAACGAAUCAGAGAGUCACCCCGCGCCCUUCCCCAUUUGCCAAUCAGGCUACAGCACGGACCACAACAACCAAUCAGAGACAAGGACAACCUCUACCUUCAGCCAAUCAAGUACCAGCUCGUCCAGUAACCAAUCAGGGUCAAGGCCGCCCUCUGCCCUCAGCCAAUCAAGUACCAGCUCGUCCAGUAACCAAUCAGAGACAGGGACAACCUCUGCCAUCAGCCAAUCAGGGUCAUGGCCGCCCCUGCCCUCAGCCAAUCAGGUAACAGCUCGCCCAGUAACCAAUCAGAGACAGGGACAACCUCUGCCAUCAGCCAAUCAGGGUCAAGACGCUGCGGAGAUAGAAUCCGCAAGACUCCGGGCGUUCGGCGUCCGUUCAAAGCCGUCAAGACCCAGUCAGGUCACGUCAAGACCGUCUCAGGCGCUGUCAAGACAAUCUCAGGUCACGUCAAGACCGACUCAGCCGCUGUCAAGACCCAGUCAAGUCACGUCAAGACCGUCUCAGCCGCUGUCAAGACAAUCUCAAGUCACGUCAAGACCCAUUCAAGCGCUGUCAAGACCAUCUCAAGUCACGUCAAGACCCAUCCAAUCGCUGUCAAGACCGACCCAGCCGCUGUCAAGACCCAGUAAUCCCCAAAUCGGGCAACCGGUUUCUGUUCCGUCAAGGAGAAUUCCCGGGCUGUCUCUGGGAGUGUCAAGCGGUCAAGUGUUUGACAGGUUCGACGAUGAUCGCUUUGAUGACGAUCGAUUUGACAGGUUCGAUGACGAUAGAUUUGACGACGAUAGAUUUGACAGGUUCGAUGAUGAUCGCUUUGAUGACGAUAGAUUUGAUGAUGAUCGCUUUGACAGGUUCGAUGACGAUCGAUUUGACAACGAUAGAUUUGACGACGAUAGAUUUGACAGACUUGACAGCGAUAGACUUGACAGACUUGACAGGCUCGGCGGAAAUCACCUUCAAAACGUGGCCAUCAGAGCGCCGUCAGAAUUCCAGCUUCCGCCGCCAUUGAUAAAUUUUUGA